AUGCCUGCUGAGCUCCAGUCCGCCGAGAACGACCAUCGCCAGAGAAUCCUCCUCCAACAAGAUGGUGCAGCCCACAGUCACCACCGACCUCCGUUUCCCAUCAUGCCUCCUUCCCAACAACAACAGCAGCAGCAGCAGCAGCAGCAGCAACCACACCAGCUCAACGUGAACCAGAACGAAGCUACUAGCUCCAGCCGCGGCACUAACAGUAGUGGUACCACCACCACCUCCUCCUCCUCCGCAACAACCGCGUCAGCGGCGAGGACGGACCCCCGCUUUGCGACGACGAACCAGCCAACGCCCCUUAGCAGCAAUGCCCUUUAUCAGCGCUUCCUCAAGCGUUACCGUGUCGAGGUGGCCGCCUCGGCCUCGAGCGUGCUCUCCACCCUGACGACGUUUCCUCUCGACAGCGUCAAGACGCGCAUGCAAACAUACCGGUAUAAUGGCUUUGUGGACUGCGUGCGGCGGACAUAUCAGACGGAGAAGUUUAGGGGGUUCUUCCGAGGAGUGACAGCACCGAUGGCCAGCAUUACGCUUGUUCGGACGAUAUCCUUUUCGAUUUACCAACGGUCAAAGUAUGCGUACAGCGACUGGGUCAAGAGACAUUUUGGGGUGGAUGUGAUGGCACAGGUAGCGCAGCAAGGGUCAUAUCCGAACUUUUGGUCGAUUGCCACGUUUGGAGCGGCUGGGAUGACGGCGGGGUCUUGCAUAACAGCCAUAGCCUGCCCGUUCGAGUUGACGAAGCUCAGUGCCCAAGUGUCAGUGUUGAUUGCGGAUAAGAAGAAUUGCCCAAAGCCCGAGAGCCAUGCUAUUGCGGCGAGUUAUCAGAACAAGGGGACGCUGAAGACGAUGGGGAAUAUCAUCAAGCAUAGGGGGAUUGGGGGGUUGUAUACUGGUUUCCGGUUACAUCUCUUGCGCGAUACCCUCGGCACAGGAACAUACUUUAUGACGUAUGAGAGCAGCAAACAGCUCUUGACGACAUUUGGAGGAGAUGGGACACACUCUAACCCACUGGCGGUGCUGGUGGCAGGCGGCCUCUGUGGCAUUGUAUCUUGGGCCCUGAUAUACCCAGUCGACUCGGCCAAGAGCAUCUACCAGCGCAACUCGCUCAUGUACUCCAAGGGCCAAAAAGUCGAACCGGUCAAGAUUGCCUUUUUUCAGCGCAACAUGUACCGCGGUCUUGGUGUGAGCAUGGGGAGAUCGUGCGCUGUGAACGCCGUGUUUUUCUCAUCGUUUGAGUUCUUGAAGAAGCGCAUCAAGGCGAUGGAUGAACAGAGCCACCACCAGCUGUAAAGUUUUUGUCUGGAGGAGAGAUUAUUUGUGGGUGUGUCUGAUAACGCAUUCAUGAGAAAGAUGUUGUUGUAUGUUUUCUGUAAUAUUGUAUCUCUUUUUUUUUUUUUUUUGUCUUAGAAAAGCUUCCAAGACGGAAAAAAACAUGGUUGUAUAAAUCUGGUUUUCUUUCCGGCUUUUUAUGGCGGCGCAUUAUUUAUCUGAAGCCUCUCUGGAGAGGGGUCUGGUUUGGCUGGUUCAUAUCAUAUCAUGUUGUUGUCAUAUCAUCAGGGGGGUGUGGUGGUGGUGGUGGGUUGGUUGGUGUCAUGUUAUGGGUGGGUGUGAGAGGGAGGUCAUUCACGCGGACAUGUGUUUAGUCAUGGCGGGACUACAGCAUAUGAGAUUAGGUUCUAUGAAUUUGGUAGUCAGGAGGUAUGAAAAUAUUGAAUAGUAACUUUC